AAAGCCAACGUCUGAAUAACAAAAAAUCUCGAAUAAACAAAAAAGUCUGUGUUCGAAAGGAUUUUAGAACAACCAAACAUCACUGCAGGGUUAAAAGAAAAAAGAAUCUCUUUGAAUCUGAAGAGAAAACACACACAGAAAGAUGGAUCUUUUGUAUACCCUAUUGAGUUUCAUAGCUUUUUCUCUUCUGGGUAUCUUCGUAGUCUUCUGUUUCAUCAUGUUGACCAUGAUUCUGGGAAAAUCCAUUGGAGACCCUGAUUAUGCUCCUGUGAAAGGAACAGUGUUUAACCAGCUUUUCUACUUCAACACACUCCAUGACUACCAAGCUGAAAUGGCCAAGACUCAUCCAACUUUUCGUCUUCUGGCUCCUGAUCAAAGCGAGUUGUACACUGCAGACCCCAGAAAUGUUGAACACAUACUGAAAACCAAGUUUGAUAAGUACUCAAAAGGCAAGUAUAACCAGGAUAUUAUGAUUGAUCUUUUUGGUGAGGGGAUUUUUGCAGUUGAUGGUGACAAGUGGAGGCAGCAAAGGAAGCUUGCAAGUUAUGAAUUCUCCACAAGGGUUCUUAGAGAUUUCAGUUGUUCUGUUUUUAGAAUAAAUGCUGCCAAGUUGGUCAGGGUUAUCUCAGAAUUUUCCCGUCAGGGUCAAGUUUUUGAUAUGCAGGACAUGCUAAUGAGAUGCACUUUGGACUCAAUAUUCAAAGUUGGGUUUGGAGCAGAAUUGGACUGCUUGGAGGGAUCAAGCAAAAAGGGAAGCAAAUUCAUGAAGGCCUUUGAUGAAUCAAAUGCUUUGACUUAUUGGCGUUAUGUUGAUCCUUUCUGGAAGCUUAAGAGGUUUCUUAACAUUGGUUGUGAAGCUACCCUAAAGAGAAACAUAAAAAUAAUAGAUGAUUUUGUGCAUGAAUUAAUCAAUACCAGAAAAGCACAAUUUGCAAUUCAGCAAGAAUCUAAUGUUAAAGAGGACAUACUAUCAAGAUUUUUGAUUGAGAGCAAGAAGGACAAAGAAACCAUGACUGAUCAGUAUUUGAGAGACAUAAUUCUAAACUUUAUGAUAGCUGGCAAAGACACAAGUGCAAACACUCUUUCAUGGUUCUUCUACAUGCUAUGCAAGAACCCUCUUGUUGAGGAAAAGAUUGUACAAGAAGUGAGAGAUGUGACUUGUAGCCAUGAAAGUGAGGAAAACAUAGAUAAAUUUGUGGCCAAAAUAACAGAUGACACCCUUGAUAAAAUGCACUAUCUUCAUGCAGCGUUGACAGAAACCUUGAGACUUUACCCUGCAGUUCCUACGGAUGGAAGAGCUGCAGAGGCAGAUGAUGUUCUUCCUGAUGGGCACAAACUGAAAAAGGGUGAUGGAGUUUACUAUUUGGCCUAUGGUAUGGGUCGAAUGUGCUCCAUUUGGGGUGAAGAUGCUGAGGAAUUUCGUCCUGAAAGAUGGCUCAACAAUGGGGUUUUUGAGUCUCAAUCUCCAUUCAAAUUCAUAGCUUUCCAUGCUGGACCACGAAUAUGCUUAGGGAAGGAUUUUGCUUACAGACAGAUGAAAAUAUUAGCAAUGGCUCUUCUUCGUUUCUUCAAGUUCAAACUUGCAAAUGGAACACAAAAUGUGACUUAUAAGGUUAUGAUUACGCUUCACAUUGACAAUGGUCUUCCUAUUUGUGCAAUUCCAAGGUCAUGAAGAAGACAUCAUUGUAUAUGUGUUUAUAACAUAUGAAUGUUGUAUAUUUUCCAAACCUUUUUUUUUCCUUUUUAUGAUAUUGGCUUGUCAUAUAUGAUGAAUUUUGUUAGGUGUUUAA